AUGGCGCCGUGGCACCGCGCCAGUGCGCCGUGCCACCUGUUCUCGUGGCGGAGCCAGGGCGGCCGCGACCUGCUGGUGCGCACUUGCGCGGUGUCGGCGCUGGCGUCAGCGCUCUUCACCAACGAUACCUGCUGCGUGGUGCUCACCGAGUUCAUCCUCAAGAUCGCGCGGCAGAACAACCUGCCGCUCAAGCCCUUCAUCCUCGCGCUCGCCUCCAACACCAACAUCGGCUCCACCGCCACGGCCAUCGGCAACCCGCAGAACCUCGUCAUCGCCAUCCAGAGCGGCAUCUCCUUCGGCCAGUUCAUCUUCGGCAUCCUCCCUGAUCAUUGUUUUCAUCUGGAAUGUGGCGUCAAAUGUUCCAACCGGAAUCGGGCUGCUGCUCGUCAGAGGCUACUGAAAAAUGAAGCAAAGAAGAGCAUAUCAAUAUGUAUGUGUCUAGGAAAAAAUUAUGAAUUUUCGUCAUCACAGGUCGUUUGGAUUUGUACAAGAUUCAUUCGUUUGGACGAAGCACAGAUAUCAUGGUGCUUGCUUGGCGGCAUUUUGAGUUGUACAUUUUAGUAUUGAAAAAAGUAAUACA